AUGUUCAACAAAAGUAAUAUCAUGAAACUACUGUUGCUCUUCCUACUUUCCAUUGUUCUUGAUAAAUCGCAGUGUGCUUUGGACUAUGAUGAUGAGGACUCUACUGCUGUACCAGUGAUUGAAGGUGAGGGUGAAGGAGUGGAUGCACGAGGGCACAGGCCGGUCAACAAACAACGGGAACCAGUUCCAACAUUCAGGCCAGCUCCUCCUCCUCCUAGCGGUGGCCUUAGAUACCGAGCUCGUCCAACAAAAGCCCCUGCCCGGGGUCAAGCUGUACAGCAGAUAGUUUACCCUGACAGCGGAGGCUGCAGACAUGCGUCAGAGGAAUUGGGAGUGCUAUGUCCAACUGGAUGUGAGCUGCAAACUGCACUGGUAAAACAGGAAAGAACAGUGAAACCAUCUAUUGCAGAUCUAGACAAGAAAAUACGUGCCCUAGAAAGAACCUCUUCCACUUUCUAUGAGUUCACCAACCAACUGGAUCAGCGGUUAACGAAAAGACAGAAACAAGUAAAAGAUAAUGAGAAUAUAAUUUCUGAAUACAACAAAGAGGUUGAGCAGCAUUACAUUUUCAUCAAAGAGAACAUGGACAGCAACAUACCAUCUAAUCUGAAAAUACUUCGUAGUAUUGUGGACACUUUGCACCAAAAAUUAGAAAAACUGGAAAGCGUUGUCACAUCCCAGUUGGACAGCUGCCAGACUCCUUGUACAGUUUCAUGCAAUAUCCCAGUUGUCUCUGGCAAAGAGUGUGAAGACAUAAUUAGGAAAGGAGGCGAAACAUCAGAAUUGUACCUUAUUCAACCUGAUCCUAUUUUCAAACCUUACAGAGUUUACUGUGACAUGACCACAGAAAAUGGAGGCUGGACUCUUAUUCAGAACCGCCAAGAUGGCAGUGUUGGUUUUGGAAGAACAUGGGAUUCAUACAAAAAAGGGUUUGGAAAUAUUGCAUUGAGUGGUGGAAAGAACUAUUGUGACACGCCAGGUGAAUAUUGGCUUGGAAAUGAAAGAAUCAGCCAGCUAACCAAAACAGGACCUACUGAAGUUUUAAUUGAACUGGAAGACUGGAAUGGUGAUAAAGUUAAGGCACAUUAUGAACGAUUCAGUGUGCAGGGAGAAGCAAACAAGUACCAGCUCUCUGUUAGUAACUAUAAGGGAACAGCUGGAAAUGCUCUUAUGGAAGGAGCUUCGCAGCUGCAAGGCGUGAACCGAACAAUGACUGUCCAUAAUGGCAUGUUUUUCAGCACUUUUGACAGAGACAAUGAUAGAUGGUAUGUGACGACAGACCCCAAAAAACAGUGUGCUAAGGAAGAUGCUGGUGGUUGGUGGUAUAAUCGCUGUCAUUCAGCCAAUCCAAAUGGCAGAUACUACUGGAAUGGAGUGUAUACACCAGAUAUGACAAAACAUGGAACAGAUGAUGGAGUUGUAUGGAUGAAUUUUAAAGGGUCUUGGCAUUCACUGAAGAAAGUGAGCAUGAAAAUUCGGCCCUUCUUCCAACAAUAA